AUGAACGAGCAGCGGCCACUGCCUCCGCUGGAGGAGUUACAUACUCAGGUGUCAAAAGACGCAUUGGGGAACAAUGAACGGCUUGGUGCAGUUGUGACUGCAGCUGCGACCGCAGCGGAAGCCUUUGUCUCGGUUGCGGCCCCGGUCCGUCAGCAGCGAGAGGACACUGAUGCCACCGAGCCUGUCGUGGAGCACCGAACUGCUCUCGCAUCUGGCCCUGUGACAGGUGUCAUGACAGCGGAAACGACUGCGUUCCUUACGUUCGACCGUUUCCAUAUUACUCGAACACGUUUCGUACUAAGCGCAGUGUGGAACGAGCUUGUGAGAGUUGUCAUCGUCGAAAAGUCAAGUGUUCUCGCAUCUGGCCCUGCGAAGCGUGCCCUGCGAAGCGGAAGCACUUGCGUUCCUCGGUCAGAUCGACAGAGCGUGAACCAUCGUACUAGGAUGUCUAGCGAACCACGCGCGGAGAAGUCGCCAGUCAGCAGGUUUUAUCCAUACCAGCCUUCUAGUGACACCUUAAGAAUGUAUGAGGCUCACGCCAGCGCAUCCAUGGAGGAACACCGAUGGAGCGUGCCCGAUAUGGGCCGCGCUUCCGAUGUCGCCAUCCCAAGAGACAGUGGUGCUGAACGUGGCUCACCCAUUACGUGCCCUGCAGACGUUACUGCUCGUGGGGAAAGGUAUGAGGUUAUAGAUGAUGGAAACAGCACUCUCCCAUCCGAAACUGGCGUAAAUGCAGGCUGGGGACCCCCGGUUAGCGCAAUCGCACUCCCGAACUCGUAUAUGCCCGCAGACAACUCGACAGGGGAUCCUACGGCAGAUGCAUGGUACUCGAUGCCGUGGGCUACGGAGCCAUACUCGUGGGAGACAUUGCCCGCAUCUUUCUGGGGGUGGCCCUUUGGAGGUGAGGCUGAACAGCCUCAGUAUCCGAGCAGAAGCGGCGUCAUGCCCUUCCCAGGAGACUACUCACGGGAGCUGUACCUUCCAGGUCCCUAUUUUAAUGCACCGGACCCCAUCCCCUCGUCCAAUGCACUCGGGCUCUCUUCUAUACUAGAAAUUGCACCCCCGAGCUUUCCGAGAUUCCCUCAUGUGCAGCAUGUCGAGGAAGCCAGCUUGGCGCUCCCGACUAAGUCUCCAAUGCUAUUCCCUCCCUGGACUCCAUUGGCGUCUGUUUCCGCAGCAUUGUCCAAGACGGACUUCCACCGCCACAGCUUGCAUCAACAACCAUCUGCGCAUGCCCUUGGGAUUGAAGUCAGCCCGUUUGAUAACGUCGGUGCCAACAGACAGGAGUCAUCGUGUAAUGUCACGGUGCCGGAAGACCAGAUCGAGCAUCAUCACUCGACCUAG